AUGAAGCUGCACCUCUGGGCCGCUCUCCUGCCGGCUGCAUCAGCACUCAUCACAACACCGCCACGCCAUCGAGCAAUCACACAACAAAGAGCCGCACUGACUCCACCAUCACUCGAAGCCGCAUCAUUCGACGCCCUUGGUGGUAACACUGUGCUGAAGGCGCUGCGGCGACGCUGUGUAGGCCGACGCGCCCAGCGUCUCUUCGCUGCGUACAACGCCACGCGGCCAGCGGACUACGCCGAAACGCUCGCCGCACACGACGCGUCGGAAAAGCUAGAGCCGUUCCUGGGCCGCGACGUCGCCGACGACGUCCUCGAGGCCGCCAAGUCCGGCGCGUCAGUCACUGCCGACGACCUCGCCGCGGCCGCCGACGCGACGGCUGCCGUCACCGAAGCGGCCACGUGGGCCGCCGAGGCAGAUACUGAGCUGCCGACGGCGGCGCUGCUCGCCGCGGCGCCCGCGACGCGCGCCUUCGAGGCAGAUGCUUUUGAACGCGACGAACACGGUUGUAUGACCACGGCGCUCGCCGACACGCCGGCGCUCGCCGAGGCGCGGCAUGCGGUGACGAAGGCCCGGGCGAGGCUCGCCACCGCAGUCGCGUCGGAGCGCGCCGAGCACGACGGCCUGUUCGAGCUCGAGAAGGAUCGGUUCGUCGUGCCCGUGAAAAGUGCGACCCCACCGAAAGCGCUGGGCCGCAAGCGCGGCGCGUCGCGGUCGGGCCGUUCCUCCUACGUCGAGCCCCACGGCUGCGCCGCGGCCGCCGACGCAGUCGAAGCUGCUUUGUCAGCGUUAGAGACGGCCGAGACGCAGCGCCUGGCGGAGCUGACGGCGCAGCUCUCCAAGACGGCGGAUCCACUACGAGCCGCUCUCGAAGCCGUGGCGGCGCUUGAUGCGGCGCGGGCGCGCGCCCUGUGCGGCUUCGACGACCUCCAGGGCGUCGUGCCCGAGAGCGGCGCGUGCCUGGACCUCGUGGGGGCCCGGGACCCGACGCUGCUGCUGGACGCGGCCGUCGAUAGUGUAGUGCCGAUCGACGUAAUCGCGGCUAGGGGCGGCGCUGUCGUUGUGAGUGGUCCCAACGGCGGCGGGAAGACGUCGCUGCUGCGCACCGUCGGUCUUGCCGCCAUUUUGACGCGCCUCGGCGUGCCGGUGCCGGCGACGCGAGCCGCGGUGCCCUCAUACGGCCGGGUGCUCGCGGACGUCGACGGCGCGGCGCGGACCGCGUUUCCCCAGCGGUCGACCUACGAGGCGCGCUGCCGCACGCUGGCCGCGGCGCUUGAGAGCGACGACGUUCUGGCUUUGUUAGAUGAACUGGGCGGCGCCACCGACGUGGCGGAGGGCGCCGCCGUCGCGACGGCCGCUCUGGACGCGCUCUGUGACAACGGCGCGACGACGGUGUGCGCCACGCACGUCGCGGCUUUGAAGGCGCUGCCCGCUCGCGACCCGCGCUAUUUGUCGCUGGCGUUCCGCGUCGACGAGGCCGGACGCCCGACGUUUUCUCCACGGCCUGGCGCUCCCGGAAAAGCCGACGCCCUCGCGGCGGCGGCGCGCUCGGGGCUGCCCGACGCCGUUGUGCGUCGCGCCGAGGAGCUCCUCGUCGCCGAGACGCCGGCGGCGCCGGCCGACGCCAACGCCGACGCGCUCUGGUCGGCGUUGGACGCUGCCCGCGCGGAAGCCGCCGACGCGGCGCAGGCCGCCGCCGACGAGCGCGAACAACUCGGCGAAGAGAGGGCCGCGUUGCGCGCCGCUGUUGCGGACGCGACGGAGCGAGCAUCUCGUCGAGCGCGCAUGGCCGCGACGCGUCUGGAAAAGCGCGAGGCCAAGCUAGAAGGUAUGUUCCGCGAACUCAACAAAUUUGAGUACGACGCAAAACGCGUCGUGGGCGCCACGUUGGACGCGGCUCGGCUCGAAAACAAGGAGGGCCGCACGGACGCCGUCGCGGCGGUCCUCGCGUCGCACGGCCUCGCCGCGGUCCCGCCCGGCAAAGAUGUGAAGGUCGGCGACGACCUCCUGCACGUCGCGGGCGUCGACGUCGAGGCGGGCACGGUGCGCGUGCUCGCGGGUGUCGUCGCAUCGAUUGAUGUGGACGUGGUGAGCUUCGAGCUCCCGGACGGCACCGUGCUCGAGAAAAUCCCACGCUCGUCGCUCGCGAAAUGGGACGUCCCAUAUCUCGCCGAUGGCACGGAGGUCCUCGCGCCCGCGGCCACUCCGAGCGCGGCGAGCGCUAGGGGGCGGCGGCACGCGCGAUACCGGUGA